UUCUUCUGCAUGGGGCCGAUGAAGGCUUUCAUUGCUGGCCGCUCGCAACACCACCUGCCAGGGCAAGGGUCUGCAUGGGGAGGGAGAAACUGACAGAAACCUCUUUUCUGAGCUUCGCAUCUGAUGUGUAUCAUGAGCGCUAAGAAGGAUGACGAGCGUCCGGAGGGCGCCUACAAUCUGACCUCACUACAAAUCAGGGAUAUGGUGUCCUAUGUGCACCAUAGCCUACGGAUAAUUGUCGACCACGACCAGAAGCGCUUGGUGCUUCUGGUGGACUAUGGCCCUCCCACUAGAAGAUGGAAGAAGUCAUUCGAGGUCUGGCAGAGGUUUGUAAGCCAGUCCCGGCGCUCCCCCUUUGUGAACCACCAGGAGCUGAAAAAGGUGCGCCGCUCUCGAGCUUCCAGCGACAAUCUGGGGGGGUCUGAAAGCCAGGGCAACAGCCCCCUCGCUGGCCAAGCAAACGGCUUCUUUCGCCCCCUUCUCUCAGCCGCCAACCGGUUCUUUCCCCCUGUUAAGAGGGGGCCGUUUUAUUGGCUCGGGGGGGUGGUUCCUGCUGUCAAGGAGCGGUGGAAGGUCCACGGGCUUUACGGCUGCCUCGGGUUCGAGGUGCGGUUAGCGGACGUGGUUGGGCUUAACUACCUCAAUGAGCUGCAAACGGGGGGCUGCCUGGCGCUCGAAGCAACCCAGGUCGUGAAGCGCGAGUUUCGGGAUCUGUGCGAAGCAGUUGCUUGGUACAGGGGAGGUGAUCUCCAACUGGGAGCGCAACUGGGAGCAGUGUCUUUAGGAAGCCGUGAGGCGCCGGAGGGCACGAAAAUCGAAGGGCCAGGCCAACCCUGGGGGGGUGAUGCCUUGGAAGGGGAACAGAUCGAGGUGUCGUCGACCGCUGUGCGAAGGAGCAGCAGUUGGGGAAGGUUAAGCGCGGAAGUAGGAAACGAGGUGGGAGAUUCGAAUGGUCAGUAUGGGGAGGGUGCAGAACCUGACGCAGCUGACCAAGAUCCUCCUGUAGGCAGUUCCAGUACAGAUAGCCCGCCAGCGGCACAGCCGCUGUCAACCGAGCUGUCCCUCGGUCCAGGUGGCUUCCUCGAAAAAGUCUGGGUGGAGACAGCAGAAACGCCAGAGAGGCGAGAGGGCUUUGCUUCGGCUGAACCCCCAUUCACAUUAAGGGGCCCCCUCCAGGUGCCAGAGUGUACAGUAACCAGCCCCGCUUAUCAUUCUGCUGCGGCAAGCCCCUCGCUUGCCAGGCCCGGUUUCGAAACUUUGUCUGCAAGCUGUAGAGCCAGUCGGAAGCUUGAGUUUGGUGCUGUCGGGUUCGAAGAGGGCUCUGAUCCUGAGGAAACCAAAAUGGUGAGGGCCGGUGUCGCUGAGAACGGGCUCGUUGAGAAGCCCUCAAGAGUUGGGACAGUAACUUCAGCGGAAGUCAGUGUGAUAGCGUUUGAAACGGGCUCCAAUCACAAGCCUCUGUCGGCGGACUCCUCAGCAGCCUUGGCAGUCAAAGUCAGCCGUCAGACAGUCACAAAGGGUCCCUCCCCAAGUGCGUCAGAAACAGGGGCGGCAAACUUCCAUAGGCCCUCCAAGGCGUCGAGUUCCUCCCUACUGGCUCCCGAUGGUGUCACCCGGGGAAGGGCGUUCCUGUCCAGCCUCCAGCCCUCCCACAGCAAGCUGCGCUUCCGGCGCCAGCGGAGCCGGUCGCUCGACGAUCCGGUCGUGAAAGCCGUUCUCGACCGGGUGGCCGAACAAGCUGCACGCAUCGCCACCUUCCCAAAGCAUUCGGACGGUUCUCGUCGAGCCAGCCUCCCGGCUCUACGUUCGGACGUCCGGCGGCACUCCAGCCCCUCGCUAGUUACGGCCGGCGUCAGCGAAGCCCAGCACUGGCAGACCGCAAACGGUUUGACACCGACGCUGCCCCGAUUGCGUGUAACAGCCCGAUUCCGCCAAAAAGAUUCACCAUCCCUAUCGGAACCAGCCUCCCCGACCGAAACCUCCCCUAAACCUGCCCCGGUGGGUGAGGUUUACACAGACCGGCUGGUAGUGUUCCGGUUCCGGGAUCCGCUCCUCCCAGACGCGCUGAGGGAAGCGAUCACGACAGAUCAGCGGCUGCUCAAGAUGCUCGAAUCGGGGCUGCCCACGUGGGCGAUUCUGGUGCAGAGUUACCCGGCGCUGUGCCAUGUGUACCGGCCCUGGAUGCGGAGGGUAGCGGGGUAUUUGUACUUUAUCGUGUCAGCAGUCACGGUGCUCAUUGGCUUCUACGACCUGUACAAGAACCUGCCGUUCGUCCAGGACUCCCUGCACCGCUUGCUGGGCCCGCUGUACGAGUGGGUGGACACGUGGCAGAUGGGCGCUCGCCUGGGCUACCUGGGCACCAUGCUCUUCCUCCAAAACUUCCAAAAGGCGUUCCGCGCCGCCCAGGGCGUCGCCCGCAGCCUGCACUACCUCGGUUCCGUUGCGUUCCGCCCGGUGGCCGUUCCGCUGAGCUUGGCAGCGGAACUUUUCCGGCCGGUGGGGGCAGCUAUCUGGGGGUUCACCUGGGAAGUGGGGGCGCUGUUCGGGGGGGUGGGGUCCGCGUUGCUGGGGGCGGUUUGGUUCGUCGUGACGUAUGUGGUCAGCCCCGUGGUGGGCUUUGUGCAGAUGGUGGGAAUGGCAGGUCUCGAGCUGGUGUACCCCCUCUGGACCGCCGUCUCCUCCGCCCUCCUCCUGCCCCUCACCCUCCUCGCCAGCCUCUUCUCCGGGCUCGCCCCCCUCUUCUCGGCCGUCACCGAGUCCUUCCAGGCGACCUACGCGAGCGUUGCCGGAGCGGCGAGCAUCGUGAAACGGGUCCCCGCCCGGCAGGCCGUGUCGGCCGCGAAAGCUGCGUCAAAGGCCGGGAACGACGGGGUGUUCCGUGGGCUCUGGAUGAGCCUCUAUACGGUGUGGAACGACCUGCUGUGGAAGGUGUUUGGAGCUCUGCGCAGGAUUGUGUUUGGAUUCCUGGCGUUCAUUCUCGAGAUCAACAAGCACCGCCUGAGCACGUACAACCACGUCGUGGCCUGCCUCGUUGAGGCGGAGAAUGCCACGUGGCAGUGCAUCAUUGGAAUGGAAGAAAUGAUAGUUAACUUCCUUGCUCGAUCGAGAUCAAGCCUGAGUGCCUUGGUUAGAGUCAAGCCAUUCGGCAGAAGCCCAGAAAGCUGUCUGGUUUUCUAUGACGCACGGGAAUACUUUGACGAAAUGAUCAACUGAUUAGAUGCAAGCUUGUGAGAUAUCGCUGAUGAUACGUCGAGCGAUACAAGACUCUGUGCUGCCACUUAUAAUCAGAGCACCGAAGGCAGAACGUAGGUGUCUUAAUUACAGACAGUCUUUCAAAGUGAGAAAGAAGUACUCAUGUCGCUCAGAAGUUCUGAACAGUACUUCAAACGCGAGCCUACUGCCGCCUAAAAUGUACGAUCGAAGAGCGAGCCUCG